AUGAUUCAGAGGAACGAGAUUGUGCUGUCCGUUCUGGGGGAGCUCCAGGAGGCCACAGAGAACUCUGGCCUGGAUGCUCUGACCAGAGCAGCCCUGGAGGUGGACCAGGUCCUUGCUCCUUUCCAGCUCCCCAGGACCCCGUGUCAAGAUUUCCUUGAAUGGGCAGGCGUUGAUGACAUAGCUCAUGGCCUGUACCCAGCUGAUGCUCCUGGAGGCCUCCUGCCACUGAAGUGCAAGGGAGAGGGCAACAUGCUGUUUGAUGCAGUCAGCAUGUUAUUAGUGGGCAACACUGGACUUAGCUUGGAGCUACAGGUACGGACAGUUGUGGAAAUGGUGCUGUGGAAGAGAUACUACCUGUCUGGGAUGAUUGAUUCAAAAAUGAUGCUCCAGGCUGUUCGCUUCAGCCUCCUCUCAGAGGAAUCUGAGGACAUGCUGAACUUGCCUGUAACCGUCUUAGAGGCUAUCUUUGAUGCAGAUGUCAAAGCGUCCUGCUUCCCUGGCUCCUACGCAAACAUGUGGCACGUUUAUGCCCUGUCAUCUGUCCUACAGUUUAACAUCUACUCCAUCUACCCCAUGUUCAACCUCAAGAUCAGACCCUAUUUCAAUCGAGUCAUACGCCCUAGAGCCUGGGCGAAAGAUUCUGAGACACUAACCCUCCACAUCAUGUGGUCUGGUGAACUGCAGUCUGAGUCCUUAUUCAGGCCUAACCAUUUUGUCGCGCUAGUCCAGACAAAUGACCUCACGAUUGGAAGCCCUGACAGUGAGCAGAGGUCCUCACCCACCAAGAGCGAGGAGCUGCUGAACCAGGACUCGCAGCUUUCAUACCCCAAUCUGAAGGACAAGUACAACAUCACCAAGAGGACCUUCUACCGCUGGAAGAGGCAGACGCAGGAGCACUGCAAAAAGUCAGCAGCCAGGUAUGAGGCAAAGAAUUUCCUGCAGGCAUGCUACUUGGAAGGCAAGCUCAUCCCCCUGCACCAGUUUAAAGAAUUUUUCCCUGAAAUCUCACGGUCAUCUUACUACAACUGGAAGCAGGAGCUGUUGAAAUCUGGAGGGAACUUCUCUACCUCAUCUUCGACAGGAGAGAUUAGUCCAGGAGAGAGCACAGAGCAGGAGGUCUGGUCCUCACCUGAAGCAAAGCAGGAUGAGCUGGACCACCACGACAGUGUGGCCAGCAUGUUUGGCCUCAGCCUUGGAAAGCUGGAUAUAGAACGUGCCCAGAAUGUAGCUCAUAUGCAGGAAGCUAAGCGCUGUCUGCAAAAUUGUAUCGCUGUGAACACCUCCUUCCCCUUUAGGAUUUUCAAAAGAAAUUUCCCAGGGAUCUCCAGAUCAACCUACUACAACUGGAGGAGAGAGGCCAUGUUGUUCAACAGAGGUUACAAAUCCAGUGUGGGUAGCAGUGAGGAUAGCUCAGAUGCUGACAAGAGCCAAAGUCCAAAAAGUCUUUCACCGGUGCUGCCAAACACUAGCCAGCCUGUUGUGCCGAGAAUCAGGAUCUGCAGACGAAAACACAGAAGCUUCAGGCUGGCAUACAUGAGUAAAAAACAGCUCAGAGAUGCUGCAAAGCUGCAUGUCCAGAAGUCAAAAUGGUCCCUGACAAAGUUCAAGCUCAAGUUCCCAUCCAUGUCCCCCUGCUUCUACUGGCUAUGGCGGAGCAGUCAGAACCGAAACAGAAAGAAGAUGAUGGUCACUCAGGAUGUAGACAUCAAUGUCCCUGCAAGCCUGGGUAACACCACUACAGAACCCAAGAUAACGGAGAUGAGAAUGGAUAGUCAGAACAUGCUUCCAUUUGUGGAGAGCCCUAAGUAUCUAGAAAAUUCCACUAUGCCCUCCUUUGAUGCCCCACAUUCAAAGCACACCCUUCACAGCAAGACGCAGAUUGAUGAGCAGAUGUUUGCGAUGGAUGUUGUGGCUCUGGCCAACUUCAAGGCCAAGGCCAAGCUGUUCCUGCAGCAACGCUUCGAAGAGAAAUCCUUCCCAACAUUUAAAGAAUUCAGGUCUUACUUCCCCUUCACUCCACGCUCGACAUACUACAUGUGGAAGCGAGCUUUGUAUCAUGGGGUGUCACUGGUUCAUGGUUAA